GACCGGGUUGUCAUCGUGCGCCGUGCAGUUCUGUCUGUCGUUUCCCGUCGUCCGUCUCGUCGACAUCAGCUGAGCAGUGUCCGUGUUCCUUCUGUGUGUGUUUAUUUUUUUUCUUUUUCUUUUUACUGCUUCUGUUUCUUUUUUUUCUUUUUCAAUACCGCCUGGUUUUAUCAAUUUUAUUAAAUUCUAGUCGAAAAUCGCGCAAAUACAAUAACAUCAUUAAUGUUUUACUCGAAUACAACGCUUCCGCGUGACUUGUCUUUUAUUUUGCCGUUAUCGAUAAUCUACCACUGAAAAACAUAACAAUAAUAAUACCUAUGCAGUUUGUUUAACACUAAUAAUAAUAAUAAUAAUAUUAUUAUCAAUGCCGUGUGCGAAUCGAUCUCGUUUGAUGUACACGCGGAAUUAACACAUUGGAUUUUCACAUUUUCGACGACCUCGUACGAAUUUAUCCGCUGUUGUGUGCUCUCGACGUUUAUUGGUGUGUGAUGGUCUAGCUUGGAAAAAAUGAGUUCACAGAGAUCCGGCAAAAACAACGUCGCAUACCGUUCGUAUUCGACCAAAACACAUUCGACUAAAGUGCUAAGCGGUGACUACAGCGGAAGCGAAAGCGAAUCCUACGACGACACUCAUGACGGCGGCGGUCGUAGGUCGGCUGUCAGACAGGAGCCGCAGGGACAAGAGACCCACAAAGACUACACCGUGUCGACACCACCGUCGGCCUACGACACGUUGAUCAUACACCACGACGAGGGUGGCCGUUACGGUUCGGCCAUACCCAAGUAUCGUUACGGUGGCGGCGGCGGCGGCGGUAACAGGGACGAGACGAGAAGCCAGGGGCAAAAAAACGGGACACGACAGAACAACGAUGUCGGCGUCAGGGAAAUCACCAACAUACCGGACGAUUACCUGAGUCAAUCGCACGUUUUAAAGCAUCUUGCCAAAGAGGUCAAAGUGGACCCCCCCAACAAACAACACGACACUAAUUUGUCGAGGUGGCACGACGCUGACAAGAACAAAUGGUUACCCGAUUACCACAGGCAAACGCCGAUUAGGAAUCUGGUCAAAUCAAAAUCUCAACCAGAUUUGGGUAUGGGCUCGAUGAAAAUCGAACGUUUGGAAACCGAUCCCAUGCGACAUACCCUCGGCAACAAUAGAAAAGAUCAGAAAAUGUUGUCCAUAGUCGACUGUCUGAUGAUGGAAAACAAGAGUCUGAAAAUAGAACUGGAAUCGUGCCAUCAAAAAGUUGCCAAAUCGUACAGAUUGGAGCAAGAAGUAUCAAAAGUUUAUCGUUCACACCAAGAGAUGGUGGAAUCGAGCGAAAGGAGAGAAAGACUUGAGCAUACCGCCAGGUUAAAACUCCAAGCCGAAGUCAGGCGUCUACAAGAAGCAAAUCGUUCACUACGCGAUCAAUUGUUGUCUUCCAACAUGGUCGAUCCUAAUCAAAUGGUUAAACGCGAAACGAUGAUCGCUCAACUGAUAACACAAAACAAAGAAUUAUUGGCCGCCAAAGAUAGACAAGAGAUUGAAUUGGCCGCCCAACGCGCCACCCUCGAAGAACAGCGAACCCAUAUAGACAUAUUGGAUACGGCUUUGACAAACGCCCAAUCCAAUGUUGUUCGUCUCGAAGAAGAAUGCCGUAAGAAACAAAUGCACGUGGAAAGAGUGGCUCAACUCCAAAGGGCGUUGUCGUCUCUUCAGUUGGCCAGCGAUCGCCGCGAACAGACUGAACGUAAGCUACGCCUUCAACUAGAGCGGGAGCUGCGCAACGAACGAGCACGGAACAACAACACUUCCCAAGACGGCUCAACAGACAAUGAGCCCGGUGAAAGUUUACCCGAAUUAAAACGUAUGUUGCGUGAAAAAGAUGAGAAAAUAAUGCGUCUAGAGGGCGAAGUAGCCAAGUGGGAACAGCGGUACUUGGAAGAAAGCGAAUUGCGACAAGCAGCGAUAGAUGCUGCGAGUAUACCGAAGGAUGCAAAAAUAGCGGCCUUAGAGAAAACUGGACAAGAAAGUGAAAAACUCAUCGCCGAAGCGCGUUCCGAUAGAUUAAAACAGAUGGAAGAAGUACACGCCGCACAAAAGAAAGUCAGCGAAUUGGAGUCACGAAUGAAAGAGUUGGAAUCAAGAUUGGCCGAACGGGACGCAAUGAUAAGAGUUUUACAAAAGAAACAUACUUUCGAGAAAGACGUAUCCGGAUCCUAUCCAAGUAUAUGCCUUGGGCAUCACACUCCCCAUUCGAGUCUCAACACCACGGACUUGACAUCCGACGAUCUUGGUUUUGGCUCGAAUAAUUCUUACACGAGCAGCGUGGACAGUUCUUACCAUCAUCAUCACGGUAACAAGUACUCAUCUGCAAAUCAAAGUUUCGAUCACAAAUCGCUAGAUGACCAACUGAAAGAAUUAGACUCGCAGCUCUUAAACAAGAGAGGUCUUUGCUGUUUUCCAGGCUUCUCUCAUACGGGCUCUUUGUCACGAAAAGCAAAAACACCCCAACCACUACUGGAGAGUGUAACCGGUAAUUUCCUCGGCCACCGGGCUGACGACAUCAUGCUGUUGGAGAAACAGGGUUUGUGUUCCCAGGCGCAACGGCAGACACAGGAAAUCCGUUGCGGUAGUUUGCCGCCCAGCUCCCUACCCAGGCCCAAGCGUCACAGAAAGUCCAGUAGCAAAGUCAGCGAGUAUGGCAGGCUCAGCGACAGUGACGUCAAGUCGUCGAACCAGGUGAAAAAAUUGAGCAAUUACAGUCACUACACCGACAGCCGUAAGAACUCGCUAAACUCUCUGGACACAUCUAGCGACGCCAGUACGGCCCCUAACACUCCGAUCGAAUGCCCUCCGUCUGUCAAGUUUGAACCUCUGGAACGUUCGCCUCGACAGUCGCCUUUGCCGCCCGACGGCCGUUAUCGAAGAUCUAGCCGGGAAUCCGAUGACGUGGUGACGUCCAGAGAAUCGUCGUGCACCGUGCCGAGAGAGUCUCCGUCGCGCAACAGCGUCAACAGAGAAUCGAGAUCCAGCAUUACCAGGGAAUCGCCCCCGAGAGCGACGAUGGUAGGGCCCAGGGAUUCGCCGGGCAAGAGUAUUCUGGACCCGCCCAGAGUGAUGGCUAGAGAGUCGCCGGGACGUUCGUUCUACAAAGAAACGCAAAGGAGUUUCCUGCCGCCGCCUAGGAAAAUAGAUUAUGCGAAUUUAGGCGCGCCGGACGCUAACAAGAUGACCAAUGUGGAGUCCAAAUUGAGGAUAUUUUCUCCGGGAGGGAUGCAAGGGAGGAGAGGAUCGUUACAAAGGGACGGACUGUACAAGGGAGAGUCGAACAACAAGAACGGCGUCCGGUCACUACCGACUCCGAACAAAUAUAGAAUUCAAUUUUAAGCUGUAGUUGAUUUUAUUUUAUUACUUACUCGCAUUGUACAAGGUCGGGCCUAAUACUAGUCACUUAAUAUAUGUUAAUAAUAAUAAUGUAGUCAUAAACGAUAUUUAUUGUACACGUCUUGUCAGCCAAAUAGUUGCAGUCUUUUGGCGUUACACGUAUAACGUUGAUUAAAACGAUCUGCAGUUGUUAUUGUACUCCAUUUUUGAAACGGAAUUUUUGUUGUUUAAUAAUAAUAUAUCUAGAACAAACUGUUAAAAUUUUCACUUUUAUUUAACAACAACAAUACUAGGUAAAAUGGUAAUACUGCAAAUUAAUGCUCAACAUAUUUAUUAUUUAUCUACUGUUACAAAUGUUUUGUUUAUUACACAAUUAAUGUAAUGUUCGACUAAAAUGUGAAAUGUAGUC